AUGAAAUUCUUCAUCAAGGCUGUUAAUGACCAAUUUAAAUUGCUGAAUGUGAGAUUGAAUGAUUUGGAGUCCUUUUCUGGUUCUAAAUCACAUAGAAGACAUGAGUUCAAUGAAGAAGACGAAGCUGAUUCCAAAGUGGAGAGAACAAGUUAUAAACGGGCCAAGAAGGUUGACUCCAAAGGAGAUAACAAUAUAGGAAGUAUAAAGAUGGCAAUUCUGAACUUUCAAGGAAAAAAAGAUCCUGAGCUAUACUUGGAGUGGGAAAGAAAGGUUGAGCAAGUAUUUGAUUGUCAUAAUUACUCCGAGGAGAAGAAAGUGAAGCUAGCAGCUAUGGAGUUUAUAGAUUAUACAGGUAUAUGGUGGGAUCAAUUGGCGAUCAAUAGGCGCAGGAAUAGUGAGAGGCCUAUUCGGUCAUGGGAAGAGAUGAAGUUGGUGAUGCACAAGAGACUUAUACCUAGCUAUUACUAUAGAGAUUUGUAUAGGAAGUUGCAAGGGCUGGUUCAAGGUUCCAUGAGUGUCGAGGAUUAUUAUAAGGAGAUGGAAAUUGCCAUGAUUAGAGCAAACAUAGAGGAAGACGGAGAAACAACAAUGGCUAGAUUCAUUGCUGGAUUGAACAAGGAGAUUGCUGACAUGGUUGAGUUGCAACAUUAUGUAAAGAUGGAGGAGCUACUGCACAAAGCCGUUAAAGUGGAGAAGAAAAUCAAGUCCAAGAGGUUUAGAUCUGGUUUGUCCUCUAGCUCUCCGUGGAGAUCAAAUUGGAAGGACACCAAAGCUGCUUUUAGAACAAAAGAAGAAGCAAAGUCAAAGAAUUCCAUUGCUGUUCCUAAAGGUAAACCUGAAACUAAAACUCUUACUAAGUCACGUGAUAUUAAAUGUUUUAGGUGUCCUGGAUUCGGACAUAUUGCUUCCGAAUGCCCAAACAAAAAGGUUAUGGUUGUACGGGCAAAUGGAGAAGUCAAAAGUGCUAGCUCAAGUGACGAUGAGAUGCCACCAUUGGAGGAUUGUUCUGAUGUUGAAGUGGAAGAACUUGUGCAUGGUGAUUUACUUGUUAUAAGGAGAGCCCUAAGUAUACAGCCUAAGGAUGAAGGAGAUGAGGAGCAAGGUGAGCAUAUUUUUCACACAAGAUGCCACGUGAAGGAUAAGGUAUGUACGUUGAUUAUUGAUAGUGGGAGUUGUACUAAUGUUACUAGUACUUUGUUGGUAGAAAAGUUGAAUUUAAAGUGGAAGAAGCAUCUUAAACCGUACAAGCUACAAUGGCUGAAUGACUGUGGAAAAGUGAAGGUAAACAAGCAAGUUCAGGUUCCUUUUUCAAUUAGCAAGUAUAAGGAUGAGGUUCUUUGUGAUGUGGCACCGAUGUAUGCUGGUCAUAUAUUGCUUGGUCGACCGUGGCAGUUUGAUAGGAGGGUGUCGCACGAUGGGUACAAAAAUUGUUAUUCUUUUGUAAUGAACAAUCAAAAAGUUGUAUUAGCCCCUCUUAAACCUUUGCAAGCUUAUGAGGACCAGAUUAGGAUAGCAAAAGAGUGCAAAAUGAGAGAGAAACAACAGUGUGAGCAAGAGGAAAAUAGAAAGAGAGCAAUGAGAUCGAGAAGAAAAAAGGAGAGAAAAGAAUUUGAGGACCUAUUUCCUGAAGAGAUUCCUCAUAGAUUACCUCCUCUAAGAGGAAUUGAGCAUCAAAUAGACUUCAUACAUGGUUCCACCAUACCAAAUCGACAUGCUUAUAGAGCUAAUCCUGAGGAAACGAAGGAGAUACAAAGGCAAGUGGAUGAGUUGUUGCAAAAGGGAUUUGUAAGGGAGAGUCUCAACCCAUGUUCGGUUUCUGUCCUCUUAGUCCCAAAGAAAGAUAGAACAUGGUGA